AUGUCCGCCAACACCAACCGCUCCGCUGGAGCCCAAACACCUACCGAAUCGCGCGAGUCCAGCGAGUCUUCAGAGUCCAUCCUAUCUCAGGAACGUACAGGUUCCGAAGAGCCAACCCAAUCUCCCGAACCUACUGCCUCCCAACUCCUCACCGCCAUGAUCUACGCCCGCAUCGAGAUCUACGACCUGACCAUCCCCUACCAGGAGCGCCGAAAGGUCAUCAAUGACCUCAUCGACUUCUUCCAGCAGGACGACAGAAGCUUCACCCACAUGGAGGUCGCGGAGUUUGCCAUCUUCAUUGCCGAGCACGGAGGCGUCGUGGGCAUGGACACAACCUCGCGGCAGGGCUGGAUCCGCGUUUGCCUCGACGCCUGCAGCGACGGCUUCGAGGAUGCGGAAGAGCUGGAUGCCAAGGCUCGCGAGCUGGAUCAGGUGCUGGAGGUCCAGGCCGAUCGCGUCAUGGGAGAUGAGGGUAACAACAUGGAUGAUGCUGACGAUGAUGGCGAAGACGAGGAGAAGGAGUACGAGGAGCCUGAUGAGGAGGAGGAGGAGGAUGGUAUGGAUGAUGAUGAGGAGGGCUAUUAUUGA